AUGUUGAUGAACCUUAAUGGUCGCGAACAUACAAGAACUGCGUUCGAGAACCUCUGCAGUGCGGUGACGCCCAAGCUCGAAGUGAAGACAAUAUUCCGCCCUGAGCUUGGGGGACUUUCUCUCAUCGGCAUAAGUUUGGCAUUAGUUAGUGAAGCGAGGGGAACUCUGUUGAGGAUUACCAUGCCCAUAAAUAUUCCAUAA